AGUUUUUUGCUUUUUCUCUAUGUGGAGUUAAAAAAUGAUUGAACUUUCCUGCUAGUUUCCUUAUGGAGCUUUUUGUUUUGUGUUGGGUUUAAUUUUGAAUGAUUGGGUAUCCUUGUUUCGAGAGCUAGAUGAUGGUAGAGCUGUUUUGAGGCACAUUAUUUUGAUUUUGAUAUAAGGGCACCUGUAUGCAGAAUUUGAUUUACUGAAUGCUGAUUGCAAGUCUAGUUCGUGGAGUUUGAUUGUCUGGUCACAUGUCCAAUAAUCAGCAAUAUCCGGGUUUACAGCCUCUUCGGCCUCCUGGACCUCCCAUUGCUGGUUCACUGGAUCCUCAGCGCAGUUUUGUUCCACCUCCCAUGCCUGGUCAAUAUCGCCCUGUAGUUCCUACUCAGCAGCCUCAACAGUUCAUGCCCAUGCCAUCUCAACAUUACCCUCCUGUUGGUCCCAGUGGUCCCAUGAUGAAUGUUGGAAUGCCUCCUCAAAAUCAACAGCCCCAAUUUCCUCAACCCAUUCAACAGUUACCUCCGAGACCUGGCCAACAAUUGCAACUCCCACCACAGCCGCAGCCACUUCCAUUGUCGGCAUGUGUUUUUAGUGGAUAA